CCACGUAUAAUCUGACAACAUUGCUCAUAGAAAUAGAAUCCCCGGAAGUUCAUUGCGUGUCUAGAAGGCAGAAAUUAAAUAUUGCCGCGUCUUUCGUUCAAAUUUGAACGUUAGGGUUAAUUUGAAACAGCCGUAAAUGUAGACUAGAGAUAAUUUUUCAGUGUUAUUUAGAAUGUUUAUGAUGGAGGGGGAAAAACUGAAUUAGUUGAAAGUGUGGAUCGAAUUUCAAUUUCUUUCUCGAAGUCUAUGUUUAAUGUAAUCGCAUUUAUCAACCACUUGGAAUGAGGAAACGUUAGCUAUGCAAAGACCCUUAACAUUACAAGAAAUCAACAAAUGGCAUUAUACGUGCUUUUUCAUACUUUAUUUCCUACAAGGUAUGCCAUAUGGAAUUCAGACAGCUUUCCUACCUAUUUAUUUUCGAAAAAAUGGAACAUCACUGUUUAUUCUGGGAUUUUACAGACUUGUAUUAAUUCCUAAUAUAUUAAAGCCACUUUUGGUAACAAUUGUAGAGGCAUGUUUCAGCAAACAUGGUUGGUUGAGUGGCAACUUUAUUGUCUUGUUUUUACUAAGUUUACUCAUAUCUCAACUCUCGCCAAGUUACCCGGUGCUGUUAGCUACAGUCUUUUUUGUUGUUAACACAAUUGCGGCAAUUCAAGAUAUUGCUUUGGAUUCAAUAUUAUUAGAAUUUCUCCCGCCAUCUGAGCUUCAGCAUGGAAAUAUGAUCCAGAUUGUCGGAUUUAAAUUGGGCAGCUUAUUUUUAGGUGGCAUUUUUAUAUUGUUUAUUGACUAUCUUACGUGGAGAUAUUGUUUUCUUUUUUUGGCAUUGCUGUAUUUUUUGGGAUAUAUAAUAUCCGAGUUCUACCUGUCAACGUUUAUUCCCGUCGAAAUGCGAACUUCGCAACAAUCGCAAACGACACUCUCGACCUCAUCAACUAUACAUUCUUCUGUUGAUCUGGUUAGAAGAAGCAGCCGCGUCAGUUUGGCCGAAGUAUUUGAAGUUGAUAGCACAGCAUGGAUGUUAUUAUAUCUCCUGAUAUAUAAAACAGGAGAACAGGGUGCAUCACUCUUGUAUCCCCUGUUUCUAAUUGACUCUGGCUAUGGUGUUCAGGAAGUUGGGUUUUGGACUACAGUUUCCAGUUUAUUCUCUGUCAUUGGUUCCGCUUCCGGUGGUAUCAUAAGUAGGCCUAACAGUAACAGAUCUUUAAUGAAAGCAGUAAGGUAUAUGGUAUUUGUAAGAGCCGUUCUUGUGACCUUGUUGUGGUUGGUGGUUUUGUCAAAUUUCGACGCAUUUCCAUAUGGUUUCGGUCUUCUUGUCUUGACUCUAGUGAAUGUUGUGGGAGGAGCCAUGACGACCAGCUCGCUGACCUUGAUCAUGCUGCUCUCACAAAAGUGCCCACGAACAUAUCGAACCAUGUACUACAACGUUUUAGUUACCAUUGAAAACUUAGGCAGGCUUCUGCUAUCAUCUUGUUUUGGUGCCGCGGUCUACUACUAUGGUUAUAGCGUUGUCUUUGGUAUUAGUUCUGCCUUAACUUUUAUCGUUAUGCCCCUUGUCUUAUAUUCACCAGCAGGUCUGGAUAUCCACGAAUGAUGGACGUGAAAAAUAAAUUGCUACCAAUUUAUGAUAAAAAU